AUGGCAUCACCUCCAAGCCAUGAGGUCGUAUCGAAUGAUUUAAAUAUUGUGAAACGAAAAUUAAAAAUAAUGCAUAUGGCUAAUGGUCCUCCAAUUAUAUUGAACAAAGAAGAGGGUAUUCCUGAAUGUAUUACUGAGAUUCUGUCUGAGCCAUCAACUUCUCAAAUACCUUCCUCCACGGAUUUUACAAUUUACGAAAACCGUCUGAAAAGUUUCGAAGUUAAUUGGAAACUAGACUUCAUUAAACCUGACCAAUUGGCCAAAGCUGGGUUUUAUUUUUUGGGCAAACAAGAUCGUGUUCGAUGUGCAUUUUGCUCUAAAGGAUUUGAAGACUGGCAAUGUGAUGAUAAACCUAGUUUUGUACAUAAAAAUCAAUCUCCAAAAUGUCCAUUUUUCAGAAAAAGUCAAUGUAAAUUUUUAUAUUAUUACACAAUAAUAUGUUAAUUAUAUUUGUUAUUUUAUUAUAAAAUCAUUUUUAUCAAGCUUUAUGUUGGAUUAAUUGUUAUACAUUUUAUUUUUUUUUAAGUAGGUAAUUUAUUUUAGUAGGUAUACAUUUUAGGUAGUUACUAUAGAUUUAUGACUUGGUUUGAAUAAUAUACAAUUAAUGUUAGUUUAUACUGUAAGUUAUUUUGGAUAAGUAAGAUUGUAUUUUUACAGGUUAUGAUGUGUGUGGUAACUUUGAUUCUUCAUCGAUUAACCCAAAUUCUGUUGAAGAGAAUGAUGUAUAUCAAAUUAAAACUCCUACUCAUCAAAAUUUUAUAACUCUUGAAGCUCGAUUGAAAUCAUUUGAUAAAUGUAAUAAAAAAUUAAACCAAGAUAUCAAUACUUUAUGCGAAGCUGGAUUUUUGUAUAUUGGUAAAUGUAUACAAUUAUUUUUUACAUUACUUUAUACGCUACAAAACAUAAAACUUGGUGUUAACUCUUAGUACAUAUACUGUAAGUUUUUUUUAUUUCGAGUAAAAAUAGGUUAUCUUGGUAAUAAUAAUAAAUAACAAUGAAAUUUAAAUUAUAUUGCUUAAAAUAAUAAAAUAUUUAAGUAAAAUAUGUAUAAAUGUACUGUACUAUACAAAAUUGUAUAUCAAUGUAUAUGUCGUAGACCAUAUGGAAAAUUAGUCUUUUUGCAAAAAGAUUAGGCUCUUUGCAAUGGGGUAGCGCACUUUUGUGAAUUACUUAUUUUUUUCUAAACGGCCUACUGUUUUCCAGGCUUAUUGCAUAUAGACUAACAGCAGUUAGACCUUUUUAGAACUAUAAUACUUGUAAUAUAGUAAUAACUAUUUUACUUAUUUUAUUUUAACAGUAAUUUAUUACUUCUACAAAAAAAAGAUUAAUAGAAUUAUUAUAACAUCAAAUAUGUAAACAGUCAACCACAUCUAUUUGUUUUUCAAAAACAUUUUGAUAACGAAAUACAAACGAAUUUGACAGUGUACAGUGUACUAACGUCUAGUAUGUGUAGGAUGCCGACAAAAAUGUGUACAGUGAUAAGUUAUAAUCUAAUCUACUGAUUAGUCAUAAUCUCGAAGAUUCCAUCAAGUAUCAUAUUAUGCCGUCAUUCCGUAUCUAAAUCUUUAAAAUAGCCGAUUGGCUAUUUUAAAGAUUUAAAUGGAUGGUGGACCAUUAAGAUACUCAAAAUAUAAUUGUAAAAAUUGUAGAUAAAAAAAUGUAACACGAUAAAACCACAUGUAACAGCAUGUGGUAUUUAAUAUUUUACAUAUUUUCUUUUUUGUUAGUAAUGUGAAAUAAAACUAUUAAUACAAUAGUCAAAAACUUUAAUAUAAUCUAAAUUCCACUGAUACUCGACAUUAAUACAGUUUAUAAAAUAAAUAUAAUACUAUAUAAUAAGUACCAUACUUAUUCAGACGAUUCAGUUUAGUGUUUACAUGUGAUAAUAACUCUAUAGAUCUUUUUUUUUGUAAAAGUAAUAAAUUACCCUCAAAUUAAAAUAAGUAAAAUAGUUAUUACUAUAUUAUAAUUAUUGUAGUUCUUAAAAGGCCUAACUGCUGUUAGUCUAUAUGCAAUAAGCUUGAAAAACAGUAGGCUGGUUGGAAAAAUAAUAAGUAGUUCGCAAACGGGUUACACCAUUACAAAGAGUCUAAACUUUUCACAAAAAAAACUAAUUUUCCAUAUGGCCUACGACAUAUAUACAAAUGUAUAUAAUACCAGAAAUAAAAAAAAUUAUUUGUAAGGUCUUAUAUAAUAAGUAAUUUUAUUACCGCAAUUAUAAUAGUUAAUUGUGUGUGAUUUAUCUAUACUGGAACAGAUCAUCAAACAAAAAAUAAUUAUAAAACCACAAACAUGGUAUGAUAAGUAAAUAUAUUUUUCUCUUUAUUUAUACUUAUUUUCACUUACAAUAGUUGUGACCUAUGAUGAUAAGUACCUAAAUAUUUCAUAUUUGUCAAUUUCCUAUCUCACCUACAACAGUGAGAAGUUGAAUUGAAGUUUUGGAAUUAUGGGGAAAACAAGAUGCAACAUUAUGCCCAGGGAAUAAAAUCGAAAUAUUUGGAAAAAUGCCAAAGUCUUUUUAAUAUUCACACUUAUAAGAUGUAUUAAUAUUAUUUCAUUAAAUUUUAGGUAAUGGGGAAAACGAUCAAACGGCGUGUUUCUAUUGUAGUCAAGGUCUUAUUGACUGGGAAGAUGAUGAUGAACCAUGGACAGAACAUGCCAGAUUUUCACCAAAUUGUAUUUUUUUAUUGCUAAGUAAAGGCAGAGAUUUUGUUGACAAAGUAUAUAGAUUAAAAAACAGUAGACAAUCGAUUAACCAAGAGGCAAGAAUUUGUGUUUAUUCAUAUUUUAUGAUGAAAUUAAAAAUUUACAACUGUAAUUAAUUUAUAGGAGUUAUCCAAGUCCAUUGCUGAUCAUGAAGAUGGUUCUUUUCUUGAGAAUAGUAAUAUUAAAACUCAUCCGACAGAAAGGUAUAUUUUAUUUUAUUAAUAAAUAUUAUAAAAUAUUAAAUUAAUAUUUUUUUUAAUAUGUUCUGUUUUGAUGUAUGUCUAUGAUAACUUAACCUAUUUUAAUAAAACUUCUUUUAUUCAAUUUCUUAUGAAUAUAAAAAAAAUAUUACAUUUUUAUUGAAAACAAGUCAGCUGAAAAAAAAUUGACUAUACAUGGAGCUCUGCUGCUUGUAUUUUUUAUUUGUUUAAAACAAGUUUCACAUUGUCUAACAAUGAUAUAUAUAUAUAUAUAUAUAUAUAUUACCUUGAUUUACUAAUUAUUAUUUUUUGCUCAUAAAUCCUAAUAAUUAUUAUAAACUUUGUUAUACAUUCUGGUACAUUCUGGUAUAAUUUUUAUAUAUUUCUAGUUCUAAUCCUAGCCUUACCCAUGCUAAUUUUUAUUUAUUUUUUUUACUCAUAUUUGUUUUUGGUUUUGACCGUUUAUAAAAGUAUUCUGUUAUGACAUAUAUUUUUAAAUUAUAAAUUACUAAUUGCCUUAAGCAUUAAAUAUUUCUGAUUACUCCAGGAUUAGUGUCUCAACUACUGAGGCCAGCAUGAAUACAGUUUUUUUGUAUGUGACAUAUAAUAGAGCCACAUACAAUUGACCAUGGGAAAAACAUAGGACAGUUAGGACAAAGCCUGUAGCAUUUAAUGUUUGAUGUAAUUUUUAUUUGGUAGGUACUCUGUGGAUAAAAUUGUUAAACCAAACAGAAAUGCUUGAGAAUAUAACAUAAGGUUCAUUGAAAGCCCUACUUUGUGGAAAAAAAAAAAAAUUAAACAGAGAAUAAGUGGCUUAACACUUUUAAAUAUUCAUUGAAAUGAAAAUAUUUAUAUAGAAAAUAUUGUUGAUUAAACCUCUUGCAAAACUCUGUUUAAAAUAAAAUUAUUUUGGACUUGAUCAUCUAACUUUUAUUAAUUAUUAUUAUUAUUUUAAUUAAAAUUAAUUUAACUUUUAAUUUGUACUCUUUUACUGCAUUUGUACAAUAAAGGGUGAUUUUUUUUAUCAUGAACUAGUAAUAUUGUCUUAGAGGAUUUUAAGUGAAUUUUAAUUCUGUGUUUUCUAAUCAUUAUGAAAUUGUUUAAGCUUUAUUUUUAAACCAUUUUUAAUUUUUUACUUUUACUCCAUAUACCUUAAAUAAAUAUAUAGUUUUGAUUUUCAAAUAGAAACCCCCUUCUUUUUGAACACAGAUAUGAAUACAGAAUAUUUAUCUUAACAUUUUGAUAUGUAUAAAACUAAUAUCAAAUUUACCGUUUAUGAGUUACUCAGUAAAAUAUAAAAAUAUUCUGUAUUCAAAUCUGUGUUCAAAAAACAGUGUGGGGGUUCCUAUUUGAAAAUUAAAAGUAUGUACUUAUUUGAGGUAUAAGAAGUAGAGGUAAAAAAUUAAAAAUGGUUUUAAAAUAAAGCUUAAACAAUUCCAUAAUGAUUAAAAAAACAGAAAUCAAAUUCACUUAAAAUCUUCUGAGAUAAUUGCUUGUUCAUGAUAAAAAAUUCACCCUGUAUAUCUACAGUCUUCUCAGUUAAUAUAAGUUGAAACGACAUCAGACAUAAAGGUUUGCAGUUUUUGUUGACCAAGGCGGUGGUAUUAAAAGGGAAAAAUUGUUCGCCUCCCUCGUGGAAUUGAUCGUCCCUGAGAAAUAUUAUUAAUCGAGCUCCAUUCAUAUUAGUUUUUCAUAAUGCUUCAAUUUACUUACUAAGUAUAGCUGAUAUACGUUAAAUUUCCAUCAAUAUCCUACCAUUCCAACUUCUCAUCUAUAACAAUAGUCCACCCAUGGUGUAAAGUAUGUCAGUCUUUUUUUCUCAUCAAUCAUUAAUAUUAAAUUUAAUUAUUUUACCCCCCCCCUUAUAAUAAAGGUCUGGAGACGCCCCUGUUAAAUUAAUUUAAAAAUUCAGUUAGAUAAUGUACCAUCUUCUCUCUAUCAAUUGAAUAGUACUUUUUUGUUGGUGCAUUGAAUCUUAACAAUAUAAUAACAUUAAUUUUAUUGACUUGCUCAUUAGUUGAUGACAUUAUUGCUCUUUCCUGAAACCAACUCAAGGUCUUACCAUAGAUAUGUUUUGACCAACCUUUUAAUUUUUUUUUCCUUUCAUCCGUGUUACUAAGGUAAUCCAAAUAAAUUAAUAAUAAUAAUAAUAAUGCCUAAAAACCGAAUUUUGGGGGAUGGUUUUCAAUAGGAGAUGGAUGUCAAUAUUUAUUAACCUUCCUCAGUAAAUCGCCUAUCCAACAUUGAAAACCACAUUAAAAUCCAUUCAAUUGCGUCAGAGUUUAUUCCCUCCCAAAAAAAUGACUUCAUUGUAUAAAAAAUGAAAAAUGAAAAAACAUGUGGUGACACUCUAGAGAAUAUUUGGAACAACUCAACAUAAGGAUUUUGGUCCUUUUUGUAUUUUAUUUUUGCACAUCCCAAGUUAAUAUUUUUUUGAAUAAACUUUAAAAGCUAUUAUUUGUUUUGAUUUUUUUGUAUGUUUGUAUAAAUAAUUUCAAACAUGUCAAUGUUAAUGUAUUUAUAAUAUUAUAUUUUACAUUAUUUUUUUUCUAGGAAAAACUCAAGUCUCCCUCAACAUAAUAUUUCAGUAUCUGAUUCUUUGUUAUGCAAGAUUUGUUACAAAAAAAAAAUGGAAAUAGCUUUUAUUCCUUGUAAACACGUACUUGCAUGCAUUCAAUGUGCUACAACUAUAGAAUUGUGUGCUGUAUGUAGACAAUCAUUCAAGGCUAUGAAGGUAGAAAUAUAUAUGGAUCCUGAACAAAAACAGAAUGACCAGUUACAGGGCAGUUCAUCAGUGUGUUCUAAAGGUGAAUCAAAUAAACAGAUACUUUGCAAAAUUUGUCGCAAAGAAGAAAUGGCAGUUGUAUUUAUGCCUUGUAAGCAUAUAUAUGCUUGUGUAAAAUGUACUAUUCAAAUCGGUGAAUGCCCAAUUUGUACAAAACCAAUCUAUUAUACUUUACAGGUGUACUUAUAA